GUUUAUUUCCAGCUGCACUGUGAUUGAACUGGUUGAUCCUAGGCUAAUUGCUUGUUGUUGAAUCACUCUGCCGCUGAAACUCGGAUGUUGGGGCAUCAGCGGCAUCAGAACGACGUUGUCAUCGACAGGAUACAGACGUUGAGAAGCCAUGAUGGAAGGGUUCUUGUGUGUACUGCUGAUUGCUGGUCUGUCGGGCGUACUCGCCACCCCUGUCAGUGAGCGGAGGGCGAGUAGGAUGAGCAGGGCGACUGGAGACCAGCGGGGCUACUGCUACACCAGUGAAGGUGUCUUCAGGCAUGGUGAAGUCUUCAACACCCGCCGAUCCCCCUGUCUCAAGUUCAGGUGCGAGUUUGGCAGAGCGAGAGUAUUUGAAACAGGUUGUCCCCACGACGGGUCCUGUCACCCACUCGGCAGCACCUGGUUCGCUAGUGACUGCCACACCUACUCCUGUCAGAAGCAAGCCCACAACUCGUACGAAAUUAAGAGACUGCGGUCAGGGUGCCGCGAUGUCAGUGGUAAAUGCCGUCGCCCGGGUGAGCGCUUCCCCUACCACGUCAACGGCCGCAUCUACCAAGGCUGCACCUGCACCACCACCCCCACCGUCAUCAGCUACAGCUGCAACAACCCAAGCAGCCAGGCCUGGUGGGACAGACAAAGAGGCAGGCAGCAGUAGGGCUGUAUCGUUUGGGGGGUGAGGGACUAGAGGUAUGUAUUUAGGGGUAAGGGUUACACAGAAGGCGGGUCAAGGAGUAGAGCUAAACCCAAUCCCCACGGGGUUACAACAGGUUUGAGAAUGGGGGUGGGUAUGUUGUUCUAUGUUGCAUGUAGAAAGUGAGACAGACAGUUGGGGGUCUGAGGGCCGGAUGGGAGGAGACCAUCUUCCCGAGGCAAGGGAAUUAACUGACUACAAAAGUACAGUUUCGACCCUUGCCGAACUUGGCUGCAAUUUCGGAGUAUAGUUUAGUUGGACUAACGAGUCUAUGUCGAUCCAAAAAUCGCGUAACGAAGUCAACAUCCGAUUCUUAAACUCCUGUUCUGAUUUAGGUCGAUUGCAGGAAUUGCAAAGCAUGUGUAACGUCAACUCGGCGUUGUCAUAUAUUUUCCAAAUCUUUUCAUGUUUUUAAUCAAGUUUCUCAGAUAAUUUGAUGAACUUCGCGAGGUAAGACCCGUUUUAUUAUAAUCUAGAUCUUUAUUAUCGAUCACAUCGUUUUGGUUGGGCGCCGCCAUUUUGUUUGAAGCAAAUGCAAGUAAUGUGAUAGGUGGAAUUGAUUGGUCAAUAAGAGAUGGCGCUACAAUCGAGCCACGAAAUUGCAGCCUAGCUCGGCCAGGGCUGAGACUGGACUUUUAUAGUUAGUUUACUCCAUUGCAUCAGGAAGAUGGGAGAAGACCGGGUGGGGACGAUUCACAGAAAUAGAAAGCCACAAUUCAUGACUUGUUAGACUGGAUGGCUGAGUCAACACAUUUACGGAACAAAAGAUGGGGGAUUAAAUGGGAUAGAUAGCUAUCGUUAGAUCGAGGCAAGUGUAAGGGUUGUUGAUCAGGAGAAACGGUAAUGAGGGACGCAGUGAAGUGUAAGGGGGGAGUUGGUAUAUUGCGGGAAAUGCCUGUAGCCAAACCUUGACAAAUGAAGACGAUGCAUCAAUUGAUGUUGGUUGGAUGUUGGAUUCGCGUGUGAGCACCAACUAGCUGGAGAUGCGGUGAUGACUUUGAAUGGGGAAUACUUCCGGUAAGCGAGCAGAUGACUUUAACUGGGCGUCUCGGUUGGGACUGCAAGAACGCCGUCAAGUGGAACGAUGUCCAGAUUAAUUUACAGUGCCACGACUCUUUUCUCCACCCAACAAGUCCGGUGUUUAAAGUUAAUCCGCUUGGAAAAUAUGCCAAAAUUGUCUGAUGAUUGUCGAAUUUCCUGUUUUUGUCUGUAUGUUACCCCGACUGUCAAUCUGAAACAAAUACAUGACAUUAUUCUGUCAUA